GAGCCUGAGGCCCCGCCUCCAAGAGGCCUCUCCCCGGAGGGCCCGGCGGCCAGCAGGGAGGGGUGGCAGGCCGGGAGAGGGAAGGGUGCGGGGGGAAGGGGAGAGGAAGGGAGCGGUCACGUGUGGCUAGCGGCCCGAGGUCACGUGACGGGGCGCCAGAGCGGAGGGAGCCGGGGCUGGGAGUUCUCCUGAGGGAAGCGGAGUGGAGUCGGGGGGACGCGGCGGCGGCGCUGACAAUGAGUUUUCUUGGAGGCUUUUUUGGUCCAAUUUGUGAGAUCGAUAUUGUUCUUAAUGAUGGGGAAACCAGGAAAAUGGCCGAAAUGAAAACUGAAGAUGGCAAAGUAGAAAAACACUAUCUCUUCUAUGAUGGAGAAUCUGUUUCAGGAAAGGUAAACCUAGCCUUUAAGCAACCUGGAAAGAGGCUAGAGCACCAAGGAAUUAGAAUUGAAUUUGUAGGUCAAAUUGAACUUUUCAAUGACAAGAGUAAUACUCAUGAAUUUGUAAACCUAGUGAAAGAACUAGCCUUACCUGGAGAACUGACUCAGAGCAGAAGUUACGAUUUUGAAUUCAUGCAAGUUGAAAAGCCAUAUGAAUCUUACAUCGGUGCCAAUGUCCGCUUGAGGUAUUUUCUUAAAGUGACAAUAGUGAGAAGACUGACAGAUUUGGUAAAAGAAUAUGAUCUUAUUGUUCACCAGCUUGCCACCUAUCCUGAUGUUAACAACUCUAUUAAGAUGGAAGUGGGCAUUGAAGAUUGUCUGCAUAUAGAAUUUGAAUAUAAUAAAUCAAAGUAUCAUUUAAAGGAUGUGAUUGUUGGAAAAAUUUACUUCUUAUUAGUAAGAAUAAAAAUACAACACAUGGAGUUACAGCUGAUCAAAAAAGAGAUCACAGGAAUUGGACCCAGUACCACAACAGAAACAGAAACAAUCGCCAAAUAUGAAAUAAUGGAUGGUGCACCAGUAAAAGGCGAAUCAAUUCCAAUAAGACUAUUUUUAGCAGGAUAUGACCCAACUCCAACAAUGAGAGAUGUGAACAAAAAAUUUUCAGUAAGGUACUUUUUGAAUUUAGUGCUUGUUGAUGAGGAAGACCGAAGGUACUUCAAACAGCAGGAGAUCAUUUUAUGGAGAAAAGCUCCUGAAAAACUGAGGAAACAGAGAACAAACUUUCACCAGCGAUUUGAAUCUCCAGAAUCACAGGCAUCUGCUGAACAGCCUGAAAUGUGAACUGAACAGGAGGAAAAAAGGAGAGUAAAAAACUCCUGUAACCAUUGAGAUUAAGUUCAGCAAGUUAAAGAUGGUUGCAGCCGGAGUGGGGGAAAAAAGGCCAAAUCUCCAUAUAUAUUAGUCUUCCUUUAUCUUAACAGCACUGCAUUUAUUUUAUGAUAUAAUGAAAUGUUCUUUUCAUGUAUAUACAUUUUUAAAAGUGCUUUCUUUGAAACACUGGAACUUUCUUAAACUGCCUUUUUUUUUUUUUAACUUCAUACUCUGAUGAUAAGUACUCAGAUAUGCAUCAGCGUAAACAUGAAAAAUUGUCAUGUGAGUAGGCUGGUAUUUGUAAUUUUGCUUUCUUUCUGCAUAAUGUUGAUUAUAAAUCCUUCUUUCUUUUCAUGCUAAUGAUUACCUCUUAUUCUCUACAUGCAAAAAAUUAAAUAUUUUAUGUUCAAAUAAAAUUAGAAACCCUGAGUGGCCCCUUGCAUCCUGCAGAGAUUUAAAACAUGGCAUCUCAAUAUUUUCGAGAACUACAUUUGUUUUUACAUAUGUAUUUGAGAAAUGCAAAUAGAAUGUUUCACUGCAGGUACUUCUGAGUACCAUUCCAUGGCUUCCAGAAUUUUAUCUUCUUUGAGGUCUUCUGUGGUAUGACUGUUGAAUUUCUUCCCACAAGGGAUUAUGUAGCAGGUCAUUAUGGCCUUCUUUUUUUUGGCCAUAUUAAGUAACAGGUUUGCUAUUUUCCAGUAGUACCACUGUGUGUUUUCUGCAAAGUGGAGUUGACUUAGGUUGGCAUUUUAGAUUUGUUAAAACCAUUUUCUCCAUAAAUAUUUUGAAACAUAUUUAUAUAUUUCAAUUUAAUCUUUUGCCAUGUGUAUGCAAAUAUUUUCUUAACUUCACAAAUUCUCUUUUUCAGGGGAAAAUUUUGGGAUAGGGGACUCAGGAGGACCUGUGAAGCAUGUAGUAUCUAGAUCUGGUAAUUUCAUGUUUAUUAAACUCGAACUUUGGCUAUUUAAACUCACAUUGAAACUUCAUCCAGUCUCUUAAUUUUUUAACACUAAAUUCAAGUCAUGUGUUUAAAGUUUCUAAAAAAGAUUUCAGUCAUCCAUUCAUAUGCAUGGGGUCUGAUCGCAAAUACACUAAAUGUGGAGUGUAGGAACCAAAAUGAAACCUGCUGUGUGGAAACUACUUUCACUUAUGGUUCAUUGGGUUUUGUACCAAUUUUUUUUUUAUAUACUUCAGUGCAAGUCUUGUCAGUUAACCUUACUUUUAUGAGUAAGCUAAAUAACCCAAAUUACAUUUAUUUAAACCUGUUUUACUACUAUGGCACUUUGAUAAAAUGGUCAGUAACCAACUUUACUGGCAAAAGGGUCCAUGUACCAUGUGCUGGAGCAUCUGUUCUACAUGUGGAUAUCUAUGAAUUGGUAAUGUUUUCCUUCAUGUAAGUGCCUAUUCAGAGUUUCAGAAUUUUUAAAUGCCAAAUAUUUUCAUGGUCACUUGCAUGUAGUAAUCUAGAAAAUAUUCAGAGAUUUUGAAAACCAAUUGUAUUUAACCAGCCUCAAAUUGUGCAACCAUGAUGUAUAAUAAAGAAUUUGAAACAGAA